AUGGCAGACUACGCUGGUGCCGUGCACCAGCUGUCUGCACGGGCAUCGGACAACCCGUCUGAGGCACCUCCCUCGCUGUCCGGCCUGGUAUCCACGCUGAUUCCCUCCUUGAUUGUUUUCGCGGUGAUGUUGGUACUGUUUAUCAUCCUUCGCCGAAGCAACCCCAGAACUUAUAUGCCCCGUACCUACAUCGGCACUUUGAGGUCAUGGCAGCGCACCCCAAACUCACCCACGGGUCUGUGGAACUGGAUCGUCGCCAUGUACAAACUACCGGACUCUUACGUUUUGAAACACCACUCCAUGGACGCAUACCUGUUGUUGCGUUUCUUGAAAUUGAUCUCCGUCCUGAUGCUGGUGGGUUGCUGCGUGACUUGGCCAAUUCUCUUCCCCGUCGACGCCACGGGUACCCGAUCUGCCAAGCAGCUGAAUAUCAUCACCAUUUCUCACCUUGACACAUCUGAAUACGCCCGUUACUAUGCGCAUUGCUUCCUCGCCUGGAUCUACGUCGGUAUCGUGUUUUACACCAUCACUCGUGAACAUAUCUUCUAUAUCACUUUGCGACAGGCGUAUCUUUUCUCUCCCGCGUAUGCGAGCCGGCUGUCAUCGCGCACGGUGCUCUUCACCACCGUUCCCGAUGAAUAUCUCAGCAAAGAAAAGAUCAUCGCCAUGUUUGGUCGCUCCAAGGUCAAGAACGUUUGGAUUGCGACCAAGACCUCGGACCUCGAGGACAAGGUUGGCGAGCGCGACGACGCGGCAAUGAAGCUGGAGGCGGCCGAGACCAAACUGAUCGUCAUGGCCAACAAGGCCCGCAACAAGCAGCUGAAGAAGGAGGGCAGCCUCGAAAACGGCCAUACCGCGGAGGAGAAUGUGGGAGAAUUCGACGAUGAGUCUGGUUCCGUAGCGGCGCGCUGGCUGAAGGCUAAGGACCGCCCGACCCACCGCUUGAAGUUCUUGAUCGGCAAGAAAGUGGACACCAUCAACUGGGCUCGUUCGGAAAUUGAGCGCCUGAAGCCAGAGGUUGAAGAGCUGCAGGCCAAGCACCGGGCAAACGAAGUCGACCUGGUCUCGUCCGUCUUUGUGGAAUUUUACCACCAGUCCGAUGCCCAGUCCGCGUAUCAGGCGGUGGCGCACAAUCUUCCUCUCCACAUGGCGCCUCGCUACAUCGGCUUGGAUCCCACUCAGGUGAUCUGGUCCAACCUGCGCAUCAAGUGGUGGGAGCGCGUCAUUCGUGUCGCCGCUACUCUCGGAUUCAUCGGUGCCUUGAUUAUUUUCUGGGCCAUCCCCACCGCUGCGGUGGGUGCCAUUUCCAACAUUCAGGCACUGACCGACAAGGUGCACUUCCUGCGAUUCAUUUUGGACGUCCCCCCCUGGAUUCUUGGCGUGAUCACUGGCCUCUUGCCUGUCGUGCUGAUGUCGAUCCUGAUUGCCCUGGUCCCUAUCAUCCUUCGGCUCAUGGCGAAACUGUCGGGUGAGCCCACUCUGGCUGCGGUGGAGUUGCAGGUGCAAAACACCUUCUUUGCUUUCCAGGUCGUGCAAGUCUUCCUGGUGGUCACUCUGGCUUCAGCCGCCACUAGCGUGGUCACCUCGAUUAUCAACAAUCCCUCUUCUGCGGCCGAUUUGCUGGCCAAGAACAUUCCGACCGCAUCAAACUUUUACGUUUCCUACAUCAUCCUCCAGGGUCUCUCUUUCAGUGCCGGUGCGCUUCUGCAGAUCGUUGGCCUCAUCCUUGGUAAGGUUUUGGGCACGUUGCUCGACAAGACUCCCCGCAAGAUGUACAAUCGCUGGUCCAACCUGGCCGGUCUUGGCUGGGGUACUGUUUACCCAGGUGUCACCCUCCUGGCCGUGAUCGGUAUCGUUUACUCGUGCAUUGCCCCUCUUGUCAUGGGCUUCGCUACCAUCGGUCUUUAUCUUUUCUACUUUGCCUACCGCUACAAUCUGCUCUACGUCUCCAACGCCAGCAUUGACUGCCAGGGUCGGGGCUACGUCCGCGCGCUGCAGCAGCUCACCGUCGGGUGCUAUCUGCUCAUCGUCUGCUUGAUCGGUCUGUUCGCAAUUGGCGUGGGCUCCAACCGCGUUGCCUUGGGACCUUUGAUUCUGAUGAUCAUCUUCCUCGUCUUUGUCAUUAUUUACCAUAUCUCGAUGAACGCCGCCAUGGAACCUCUUCUCAACUACCUUCCUAAGAAUCUCGAGCAUGAGGAAGAGGCACUCUUGACCCAAGAUCGCAAGCAUCCCGCAUCCAACGAGUCCGUUUUCGAUCACAACGGCGAUUCUUCUGCCUCAAAGGUCAACAAUGGGGGUGCGCGCGUAGACGCUCCGUUGAGCACUGUCGAUGGUGCGCAGUCCGAAAAGGCUCUCACUGACGGCCCUCUCCCCGCAAAGCAGAAGAAGCCCAACUUCUUCACGAGAUGGCUGCGUCCUGACAAGUAUGAGAAUUACGCUGCGCUCCGUCAACUUGUUCCUAGCGAGGGGGAGCCAACCGCCUAUGCCCCCGAGGUCGAGCGUGAUGCCUACUUCCAUCCGGCCGUUGUGGCUGAGACCCCUCUUAUCUGGAUUCCUCGCGAUCCUGCCGGCGUCAGCCGACAGGAGGUUGCCCACACCUCCCGUGUCACCGCCUGCACGGACGAGGAUGCUUGGCUGGAUGAGAAAGCCAAGAUCCAGUGGAACGUCGAAUCAGGCCGUCCUCCCAUCUUUGAGGAGAAGCCUGAUUAUUAG